CUUGGUAUACUGUACACUAGUCAGGAAGAGCGUUAGUUUGCGGAAGGGAUUCAAACAAGUAGCCUAUCGUUUCGUUUUCUGAACUCACUUUCAAAAUGCUCAAAAAAGCUAAGUUGCAUAAUAGCCUAUCAUCAAGAUUUUCUCAAGCGCUACGUGCUGGUGAGCAGGUAUCGUGUGUGCGCUUCUACUACGCUUCCCAAAGGGAUUGGUGUCUAAAUGUCAAAGGUUAUGUAUUCUGAACCGAGCCAGGACAACAACUACUCUACUAUCACGCUGCUUGACACUAACAUGCUCCAAAUCCUUAAUUAUAUUUAUCCCGUUUACGGAAACACCAACACCAAUUGAACUCAAAAUGCAUGCGAUCUCGCUCGCCUUGCACCCAAGUUUGCUUCGGAAGGAAAGAAGUAUUGCCGUUUUCGUGACUCUAUUACGCUACUUCUAAGCCUAAUAUGGAUUUGAUAUAUCAGAAGACAUGGCUUGUUGUCAAGUAGUAUGCCUUUAGUUGAUGGAAAGCGAGGAGUCGGAUGUUUAAAGAGGUGCUGACCGCAAAUGUACUCUAGCACAGAAUCAUGUCCCAAUUCAGUCCACAACCUCCUGGCCCAAGGAGUGACCUGGGCCCUCAGUUCGCCACGGGCAUGAGUCAGGUGUCCCAGCCAGCCAUGGUUGUCCGCUUGAGCGAUAUCUACAGCCCCAAGCCGGAGCCGGAACGAAGGCCAGUGAGGAUCCGACCCCCCAGCCCAAGGACCCCGUCGCCUAAGGACCUAACAACACACAGACGCAGUGUGUCCUGCGAGGCACCGCCAAAGCCAAUCAUGCGGCGACGCGCCCAGUCCCUGCCCUCCACACCCAGACGUCGCCCCAGCCAGGCCCACACGCAGGUGCGCUUCGCCGACUCUCUGGGCCUGGAGCUGGAAAAGGUCAAGGUGUUCAAGGCCGGAGAGGACCCGAUGAUACCUCACCAUGUGCUCACUAGACUCCUGAUGAACUCGGAGCUCUUCUCCGGCAAGGGCCUCGAGCUCUCCCUGCCUUACUUUAAGCCCAGCUUCCCGGAGGAUAUGGGGGCUCAACCAGGAUUUCUGGACCGCUUGCGUGGACAGAAGGUGUGUUUGGAGAGGGUUUUCUGCUCCGAGGUUGGGAUCAUUGGGACCGCUCAGGUCCUGAACCUUGCCUUCGAGAAGGAGGUCACAGUCCGCUACUCUUUCACGGACUGGAAGAGCACAGCCGACACCAAGGCCAGCUGGGUGACCGCCGCGUCCAGCGACAGACCCGGUCAGCCGGAGGCGGACAUCUUCCGCUUCCGUUUGCCCGUCCCACCGUUCAUUUUGCAACCCGGCGCGACCUUGGAGUUUGCCAUUCGCUUCCGGGUCAUGAGAGCAGAGUACUGGGACAACAAUGAUGGCAAUAACUACAGGCUCACCUGCCAGAACUACAAAGUAUCUGUUCCAAGAGAGUGUGAAGACAGCAUGCUGCACUUUAUUUAGUUAACCACUGGAGGGUGCCAUUAAGAUAUACAGUAAAUUGUUGAAUAAGCACUUAGAAAUAGACUGUGUUGCUGGUUUUUGAACAUUGAAACAUUAUAGUGGCACAAUGAGAUCAAAAGCUUUCAAGGAGGAAAAUGUGUAGCAACCUUUUAAGGGAUAUAUUGCAUUGUCCAUAAAUGUUUCUCUCGUCUAUCUUGUAUCUGCAAUAACAAAUUGUCAAACAUUGCUAAGCAAGUGUCAAACAAGGACAAGUGGAAGUACAACUGCAUUUUAGCCAUAUAAAUUGUGCUUGGUAUGAUGACUUUACUCAUCAGUAUAUCAGAAACAUUUGUACGACAGUCUUAUAUUCCUAGACAGCAGUCCGGUGUAAGGUCAGUUUCUAUUUUGGUUGCUGCUUAUGUAAUCAACUUAAGAAUUUUUUUUUUUUAUUUCAGUAGCCCAUACUGUAGGCAGAAUACUAUGUGGUGGGGCCUUAUUUGUAUAUAAGUUUUUCUGAAAAGUUCAGUUUUACAUUAAAUUAUAGCAUUCUUACUCUAACUCAAUUAAUUAUGAUCCUGUUUCAUGAUGAGUGAAAUCAAAAACAGAAUGAAAAGGUAGAAAUGUUCUCAAAAACGUCAUGCUUAAGUUGUUAAAAUGAUACUCUGCAAACUCUAUACCUGUUGAAAUUCCUGCAAAUACAGGAAUAUUUAAUUCUCAGACACAAGACAGAAACAGUGUGGAGGUGCAAGAGAGACUGUUGUGGUCCUGAUGUUAUGCAACACAUUUGACCUUUCACCAUUGGCAUUGCCCUCAGGUCGUCUGGUGGUCAUCAGGCCUUGGUAUGUCAAUAUGGUGCUCAGCUCACCCAGAGACUGCAAUGGACUGAACUGGUGUAGACGCGAAUUGCAUGACUGUGCCAUGUGUGUCCAAGAAUAUCCCGUCCUCACCAAACAAGAGCAAAGCCCACUAUGGAGCUGCCCCAUGUGAUCCGCUCACAGCUGGCACGUUCUGAAUGUCAGGGACAUCAAAGAGUAUGUGCAUGCCAUGCAGGGGGAGCAGCCCAGUGUGCAAGAGCAGAUAUAGCUCCAUCAGGCAUUACUGCUCACUCAUAUCACAAGAAGGAAUUAGAUGUUUUAAGACAUGUCGUUUACAUUGUUUGCCUUAACUUUUCAUAUGAUCAAGCUAAAACGAAAACAGAAAGAGAAGGAAAAAAUGACAAAUGAAGUGUGCAAUUUUGAAUGCAAUUUUUAAUGUAACACACAAACAAUUGUGAUUGGUAGCUGAAAAAUAUGUUUUUUAUGUGCACUGCUUUGAUAUAAUUCACUUUUAGGCAAGCCAACAACAUGCAUGCAAUGCUUGUUAAAGAUGUGAUUUUUUUGCCUGUAGAGAUUAAAGAAUGUGACAAUGAAAGGCAUUGGUCUUGGAAGAAUUCCAAGAAUCCUAAUCAUGUAUUUGGAUGUGUUCAUUGUCACCUAUUCACUCCCA